GACGUGUUUUCAGCCGGCCACUUGAGCUCCUCCGUCCGCCAUCGGCAUCCCCGUCGCGUCGCACCCCCGCCGAUACCCACCCACCCCACCCCACCCCACCCCACGUAUUCCCCGCACCUUUCCCCCCCUCCUCCGACCUCGGCGAGAACCCACGCGCCGCGCCGCGCCAUGACGAGCUCCGCCUCCUCCUCCCCUUCCCGCAAGGUCCUGAGCAAGAUCGCGUGCCUCCGGCUGCAGAAGGAGCUCGGCGAGUGGCAGGCCAGCCCUCCCGGCGGCUUCACCUACAAGGUCUCCGACAACCUCCAGCGGUGGGUCAUCGAGGUGUCCGGGGCGGAGGGGACGCUCUACGCCGGCGAGACCUACCGGCUGCAGGUUGACUUCCCGGAGCAGUACCCCAUGGAGGCUCCACAGGUUAUAUUUAUGCAUCCGGCGCCGAUGCAUCCACACAUUUACAGCAAUGGGCACAUCUGUCUAGAUAUAUUGUACGACUCAUGGUCACCAGCGAUGACGGUUAGUUCUGUGUGCAUCAGCAUCUUGUCCAUGUUGUCAAGUUCACCAGCGAAGGAACGUCCAUCCGAUAACGAUCGCUAUGUCAGGAACUGCCGCAACGGGAGGUCGCCGAAGGAGACGAGGUGGUGGUUCCAUGAUGACAAAGUGUGAUGCGUUCUAGCUGGUUUCUUCCUCCAUCAGCAGGUCCUACACAGCAGCCUGCCUACCUUAGUAUGGCGGCGUACGUCUUUCAUGAAAUGAUUAUUUAUUAGGCAAGUAUUUCAAGCCAUCUAUUUGGCGGCAAAUUGACAUGCCGAUGUAUGUGGUUUUGUACAUGAUGAAUCUGCACCUGUAUCAACUCAACUGUUAUCCCUUUUGAUAUGAAGUAAUCGAGUGUGUAUCUUGCUACCUGUUAA